GACGCGUCCCCCGAUCCAACCCUAACCCCUCCGUUCAUCCGCUCUCAGCUCUCCGCAUCGCCACUUCGGACGGCAGCGCCGAACCCCCUCCGCCUCUUCGCGGUGGCCCUCCCCGGCUACCGACUCCGCUCAUCGGCGGCUCUCCGGGCUUCGUGCUGGUCGCUCGAGUUACGAAUCCCGCGAUUCGCGCGCAAUGGAGCAAGAUCAGAGCGUUGCUGCCGGUGUUGAUUCCGGUAGCGCGGAGCCUGGUCCCAUGGCUUCCGAUUUCAUGACUGCCAAUCCUGAUGCGAACGCGUACGCUGUCACCGUCGGGAGCGCCGAGGCACCUGAUGCCUCUGCCUACCCGGCCGAGCACGGGGCGUUGAAUGGGACGGCUGGCGAAAUGGCUAAUUACCAAGGAGCUACAGAGAACGGCGGCGCGGCCACCAACGAGAUGGGCGAACCGGUUCCAGAGCCAUCUUAUGAAGAAGCUGUGCUGUCAGCGGAAGAGGCUAGGUUGUGGAGUGUUGUUACUGCGAAUUCCUUAGAUUUCUAUGCUUGGACUGCACUUAUUGAUGAAACAGAGAAAAAUGCUGAGAGCAAUAUUUUGAAGAUACGGAAAGUGUACGAUGCAUUUCUCGCGGAGUUCCCUCUUUGCUUUGGUUAUUGGAAGAAAUAUGCAGAUCAUGAAGGUAGACUUGACGGCGUCAGCAAAGUCAUAGAGGUUUAUGAACGAGCAAUUCUUGCAGUUACUUAUUCAGUGGACAUUUGGUAUAACUACUGUCAGUUUGCAAUUUCAACAUAUGAUGACCCAGAUAUCAUCCGAAGACUGUUUGAAAGAGGUUUGGCUUACGUUGGAACAGAUUAUCGAUCUAAUAUUUUGUGGGAUGAGUAUAUUAAGUACGAAGAAUCACUGCAGGCAUGGAGUCAUCUAGCUGUGAUAUAUACAAGAAUAUUAGAGCAUCCCAUACAACAGCUUGAUCGGUACUUUAAUUGCCUCAAGGAAUUGGCUUCAACACGGGAUCUUUCAGAGAUACUGACUGCAGAGGAAGCUUCUGUGUAUGGUGUUGCUUCUGAGAACAGUAAUCAAGCUCUUGAUGGUGAGGCACAUUCUGAUGAUCCUGAUAAAUCCAGCAAACCUGAAGCAGAGAACCUUGCAAAGUAUAUCUCCAUGAGAGAAGAGAUGUACAAGAAGGCUAAAGAGUAUGAAUCUAAGAUUAUUGGUUUUGAGCUAGCUAUUAGAAGACCAUAUUUUCACGUCAAGCCUCUUGACAAUCCAGAGCUUGAAAAUUGGCAUAGCUACCUUGAUUUUGUCGAGAAGGAAGAAGACAUUAAUAAGGUUAUCAAAUUGUACGAAAGAUGUGUUAUUGCGUGUGCUAGUUAUUCCGAAUUCUGGAUCCGCUAUGUGCAAUGUAUGGAGGAUAAAGGUAGCCUAGAACUAGCAAACAAUGCCCUGGCUCGUGCCACUCAUGUUUUUGUGAAGAAGCAGCCAGAGAUCCAUCUGUUUAGUGCAUGCUUUAAGGAGCUUAAUGGAGAUGUUUCUGGAGCACGUGCAGAAUAUCAACAUCUUUACUCAGUACUAUGUCCUGGCUUUCUAGAGGCCAUUGUGAAGCAUUCUAAUAUGGAGCACCGACUGGGUGAUAAAGAAUCAGCUUGUUCAGUUUAUGAGAAGGCCAUUGCUGCUGAAAGGGAAAAGGAGCAAAGCCAGCUCUUGCCAACAUUGCUUAUUCAGUACUCACGCUUCUUAUUUUUGGCCAUCCGAGACUUGGAAAAGGCAAGGGAGACCUUAACUACAUUGCAUGAGCAAUUGAACAUAAGGAAACCAGUUCUUGAGGCUGUCAUUCAUCUAGAGUCGAUCUUUCCAUGUGAAAAGCGUAUCGACCUUUUAGAUUCACUUGUGGAGAAGUUUGUUACACAUGAGUCAUCUCACGGAGAGGGGUCAAGUCUAGGCGACAAAGAAGAAAUAUCUUCCAUAUUUUUGGAGUUUUUGGAUCUCUUUGGGGAUGCGAAGUCAAUCAAGAAAGCUUUAACUCGUCACACAACUCUCUUUUCAUGCAAGAGAAGCAUUCUGCCAUCAAAGAAACGGAAAGCAGAUGAUGCUAUUGUGUCAGACAGGGACAAGUUGGCUAAGACUGGUGGCACUCAGCCAGUCACGGGGACUGAUCCUAAUGCUUCCAAUCCUCCAGUUUGGCCAGCGACUUCUGAAGCAUCAGGGCAACAAUGGGGAGCUGCUUAUGCACCUCAGGCUACAUAUCCUGCAUACGGAACUUAUGACUACAGCCAUCAAAUGCCUCAGCCUGCUGCGCAAGCUGCAUAUGGUGCUUACCCUCCAACAUACCCUCCUGCUCAGGGUUACACGCAACAAAGCUACGCACAACCUGCAGCAGUGCCCGCAGCGGCACCAGCACCGGCACCGACAGCAGCUUACCCUCAGCAACCUGCGGCAGCUCCUCAACCCUACUAUGGCACAACCUACUACUGAUCUGUAGAGUGAUCCUGGAUGGUGAUUCAGCGAGCCUGUGAACCUGCCUUCACGCAUGUGGUGUUCUGCAGUCUAAUCUGCAGGUUUGCCUGUGCCAGGCCAAAGGUAUCGCAAGGCCCUUUGUACGGCUAGUUUUCCUGGUGUCAGUGUCGAGGUGUAACUCGCCUUAUCUGGAUGCUAUUUGCGGUAGUGUACCGUGGAUGACCACUUGAGCCCAUCUGAGAUUUGUAUAGGCAGAACAUUAUGUUUGCUAGCAUCUGUCUAGGAAUUUUCAUUUAGCUUAAUGCUUACUGUAGACAUCAUAAUUGGUAAAGCGGUGUUAGCAAUGCUUAUGAUUUGCCAUUUCAUAAUCAACAUAAUUUGUGGUUCGUGGCCCA